GAGGCUAGGAGAGGCUCAGGAGCUGCCGGCUGGCGGGACAUUGGGAGGUGAGAGGCUGCCUGAGCCGCCAGCGUCCCUCCCAGGGUGCUGCUUGGAGCUGGCUGCUGGUGCCUAGCGCCUUUAGCUCCGGGCGCACCUGGAGGACUCAGUCCAGAGCUUGGGAAGUGCAGGGCUGGGGCAGCGUGAAGGUUGGCCGAGGUACUGCCCAGAGUGAUUAAUUAAGAGCAAAGACAGAGGGCAAAUUACAAGCAUCAUCAAUAAAAGUCCUAAUAUGAAAAUGCUGCUAAUUUUGUUUCUCCUACCAAUUUUUCUCCAUGUUUCUGUGACCCAAAAUUCUGACCCUGAGUUUGCAGAUGUAGUGUUUCUAGUGGACAGCUCCGACCACCUGGGCAGUAAGUCCUUCCCUCAUGUGAGAACAUUCAUCAACAAGAUGAUCAGCAGUCUCCCCAUCGAGGCCACCAAGUACCGCGUGGGUCUGGCCCAGUACACUGACAUGCUCCACACGGAAUUCCAGCUGCACACGUUCAAGAGCAGGAACCCCAUGCUGAACCACAUCAAGAAGAAUUUCAGGUUCAUUGGUGGCUCCCUGCAGAUAGGAAACGCCCUCCGGGAGGCUCACACCACCUUUUUCUCCAGACCCACCAAUGGACGGGACAAGAAGCAGUUUCCCCCGAUUCUGGUGGUCUUGGCAUCAGCCGAGUCCGAGGAUGAUGUCGAAGAGGCUGCUGAGGCCCUGCGGAGAGACGGGGUGAGAAUCAUCUCUGUGGGGCUGCAGCAGGCGUCUGAGGAGAACCUGAGGGCCAUGGCCACAGCUCAGUUCCAUUACAGACUGUGGACGGUCAGAGAUCUCAGCACAUUUUCCUCAAGCAUGAUGGAGAUCAUCAAGAAUGUGACCCAGUAUAAGGAAAGGACAAUUGAUGAUGUUCUUGUAGAAGUAUGCCAAGGCCCUUCUGUGGCUGAUGUUGUGUUCCUGUUGGAUGUGUCAACCAAUGACAGUCAGGAAAACCUUGAUUACCUUAAAGAAUUCCUGAAAGGAAGCAUCUCUGCUCUCGACAUAAAGGAAAGCUGCAUGAGAGUUGGCCUUGUGGCCUAUAGCAAUGAGACAAAGGUGAUCAAUUCACUGAGCCAGGGUGUGAACAAGUCGGAAGUUCUCCAGUAUGUACGGAGCCUCUCCCUCCAGAGUGGUGAGGCUUACACCGGGGCUGCCAUCAGAAAGAUCAAUAAGGAAGUCUUCAGUGCACAAAAUGGAAGCCGGAAGAACCAGGGGGUGCCACAGAUUGCCGUGCUAGUGACCCACAGACCAUCCGAAGACAGCGUGACCAAGGCAGCUGUCAGUCUCCGACGCCAGGGUGUGUCCGUCUUCACCAUGGGCAUAGAGGGGGCCAGCAACACCCAGCUGGAAAAGGUAGCAUCUCACCCAGCUGAGCAGUACGUGUCCAAACUGAGGAGUUUCUCCCAUUUGGCCACCCACAACCAGACGUUCCUGAAGAAGCUGCGGAACCAGAUAACACACACGGUCGCAGUACGGGCCGAGUUGACGGAAACGCUCAAAUCCGGUUGUGUGGACACUGAAGAGGCAGACAUCUACCUGCUCAUCGAUGGCUCUGGGAGCACUCAGACCACAGACUUCCAGGAAAUGAAGACCUUCCUGUCAGAGGUGGUGGGGAUGUUUAACAUUGCACCCCAGAAGGUUCGGGUAGGGGCUGUGCAGUACGCUGACAGCUGGGAUUUGGAAUUUGAGAUUGAUAAGUAUUCCAACAAGCACGACUUGGGCAAGGCCAUUGAGAACAUCCGGCAGAUGGGAGGGACUACAAAUACAGGUGCAGCCCUGAACUUCACCCUGGGGCUACUGCAAAAAGCAAAGCAGCAGCGAGGGAACAAAGUGCCCUGUCACCUGGUGGUCCUGACAAAUGGCAUGUCCAAGGACAGUAUCUUGGAGCCUGCAGAGAGACUGAGAGCAGAGCUCAUUCACGUUUAUGCAAUUGGAGUCAAGGAGGCCAACCAGACACAGCUGCAAGAGAUCACAGGCAUGAAAAAGAGGGUGUACUACGUGCAUGACUUUGACGCUCUGAAAGACAUAAGGAACCAAGUCGUUCAGGAAAUCUGUGCUCAAGAAGCCUGCAAAGAGAUGAAAGCUGACAUCAUGUUUCUAGUGGACAGUUCUGGUAGCAUUGGGCCUGAAAACUUCAGCAAAAUGAAAACAUUCAUGAAAAACCUGGUGAGCAAGUCACAGAUUGGGCCAGACCAGGUACAAAUCGGUGUGGUCCAGUUCAGUGACAUCAACAAGGAGGAGUUCCAACUCGACAGAUACACAUCCCAGAGUGAGAUUUUCGAUGCCAUUGAGUCAAUGGUUCUUAUUGGGGAGACCACCUUGACCGGCAGUGCCCUGGACUUUGUGUCUCAGUACUUCAGCCCCGCUAAGGGGGCCAGGCCCAAUGUCAGGAAGUUUCUCAUCCUCAUCACAGAUGGGGAAGCUCAUGACAUCGUCAAAGACCCAGCAAUUGCACUCCGACAAGAUGGCAUAAUUAUCUUCUCUGUGGGGGUGUUCGGCUCCAAUGUCACCCAGCUUGAGGAGAUCAGUGGGAGGCCAGAGAUGGUCUUCUAUGUUGAAAAUUUUGACAUCCUGAAGCACAUAGAAGAUGAUCUUGUUUUUGGAAUAUGCAGCCCCCGUGAAGAAUGCAAACGUUUUGAAGUGUUAGACAUUGUGUUUGUCAUUGAUAGCUCUGGCAGCAUCGACCAUAAUGAAUAUAAUAUCAUGAAGGACUUCAUGACUGACUUGGUGAAGAAAGCUGAUGUGGGCAAGAAUCAGGUUCGAUUUGGGGCCCUGAAAUACGCAGAUGACCCAGAAGUGCUCUUUUAUCUAGAUAACCUUGACACAAAAUGGGAGGUGAUCUCUAAACUCCAGAAUGACCAGCCCAUGGGAGGCAGUACUUACACUGCUGAGGCCCUCAGCUUCUCAGACCACAUGUUCACUGAAGCCAGGGGCAGCCGCCUACACCAAGGAGUCCCCCAAGUCCUCAUUGUCAUCACCGAUGGGGAAUCCCAUGAUAAGGAAAAGCUCAAUGCAACAGCCAAGGCUCUGCGAGACAAAGGCAUUCUGGUCCUGGCCGUGGGGAUUGCUGGCGCCAAUCAAGAGGAGUUGCUGGCCAUGGCUGGAUCCAGUGACAAGUAUUUUUUUGUGGAGACUUUUGGAGGACUGAAGGGGAUAUUUUCAAAUGUGUCAGCCAGUGUAUGCAACUCUUCAAAAGUAGAGUGUGAAAUCGAAAAAGUAGACCUAGUCUUCCUCAUGGAUGGCUCCAACAGCAUCCACUCAGCCGACUUCCAGAAGAUGAAGGACUUCUUGGCCUCUGUGGUGGAAGAUUUUGAUGUCAGCACCAACAGAGUGCAGAUAGGUGCCGCCCAGUUCAGCCAUAUCUACCAACCCGAGUUCUCACUGGGAGCUUACCAGGGCAAGAAGGAGGUGACACGUAGGCUGGAACAGAUCCAGCAGAUCACUGGCUAUACACACAUCGGGGAUGCCCUGCGGCAGGUGGGGCAGUACUUCCGGCCUGCGGAGGGCAGCCGCAUCAAUGCAGGCACCCCACAGGUGCUGCUGGUCCUCACAGAUGGCAUGUCCCAGGACGAGGUGGCCCCGGCGGCCGAGGAGCUGAGGCAGCGAGGUAUUGACAUCUACACUGUGGGCAUCGGCUCCGUGGAUGAACAGCAGCUUGUCCAGAUCUCUGGGAGCGCCGAAAAGAAACUGACCGUGAAUAACUUUGACGAACUGAAAAAGGUCAAAAAAAGGAUUGUCCGCAACAUCUGUACUUCAGGGGGCGAGAGCAAUUGUUUUGUGGACGUUGUGGUGGGAUUCGACAUCUCAACUCAACAGAAUGGACAGACUUUGCUGGAAGGUCAACCUUGGAUGAAAACUUACCUGCCAGACAUCUUACGUUCCAUCAGCUCCCUCAACGGGGUUAGCUGUGAGGUUGGCACAGAGACUCAGGUUAGUGUGGCUUUUCAGCUGACCAAUGCCAUGGAAAAAUAUUUUCCCAAGUUUGAGAUCUACAGUGAGAACAUACUGAACAGCUUGAAUGGUGUCAAAGUGGAAGGACCGUCUCUUCUCAACACAAACUUCCUGAGUUCUCUCUGGGAUGCAUUUCAAAAUAAAUCAGCAGCUCGAGGAAAGGUGAUUCUGUUAUUUUCAGAUGGAUUGAAUGACGAUAUCGAAAAGCUUGAACAAAAAUCAGAUGACCUUAGAAAAGAAGGCCUGAAUGCCCUCCUCACGGUGGCUCUGGAUGGAGCCAAGCACUCGAGCAAUCUUGCAGAGCUUCUGUACAUUGAAUUCGGGAAAGGAUUUGAGUAUAAGACCCAGCUAACUCUCGGAAUGAGGGAUCUUGGGAGUCGGCUGUCCAAGCAUCUGGUCAAUGCUGCUGAAAGGACAUGCUGUUGUUUAUUCUGCAAGUGCAUUGGAGGAGAUGGCACAAUGGGAGACCCUGGACCACUGGGCAUAAAGGGACCCCCAGGGUUGAAAGGCAGUGAAGGCUACCUGGGAGAGGAGGGCGUUGCUGGAGAAAGAGGAACCUUUGGACCAAAUGGAGAACAAGGUACCGAAGGAGACUGUGGUGUCAAAGGUCCUAAGGGAUACCGGGGACUAAAUGGACAGGAGGGAGAAUCUGGGGAAAGUGGAGCUGAUGGAUCAGAUGGAGAACAGGGUGAUUAUGGUCCUCCUGGAGUAAAAGGAGAAAAAGGUGAUGAAGGAUCUCAGGGAAGUCCAGGAAUGAGAGGGAUGCCUGGUGACCAAGGAGCAAAAGGCCUUCGAGGAGACCCAGGAAUUCCUGGAUUUGACAAUAACAUAAAAGGACACAAGGGCUUGAAAGGAGAACAUGGACGACAGGGUAGGAGAGGCUGGCCAGGUCCCCCUGGAACACCAGGAUCCAGAAGAAAAACAGCAACUCUUGGUCAAAGGGGGCAUCCAGGGCCAAAGGGGAAAGCAGGCAUCCCAGGCCCAAAUGGACUUGAAGGCUCAGUGGGAUUCAAGGGCCCACAGGGCCCAAGAGGAGAGACUGGUGUCAAAGGAGAAAAAGGAGGUCUGGGAAGUAAAGGCCCCCAGGGGCCACCAGGACCAGGAGGAGAAAUGGGAAGACAAGGCCAUUUGGGGAUCCAAGGACAUAAAGGAGAACCCGGUGACCCUGGACAAAAAGGAGCUGUCGGUCUUCCUGGCCCUCGAGGCUUGCCGGGUGACAAUGGCACUCCGGGUUAUGGGAGCAUUGGAAGAAAAGGAACAAAGGGACAAGAAGGAUUUCCCGGAGAAAGUGGACUAAAGGGUGAAAUUGGGGACCCAGGUGGCACAGGAGAAACUGGACCCAAAGGAGCAAGAGGCAGGAUGAUAUCUGCUGGACUUCCAGGAGAACCAGGAUCCCCUGGGGAGUCAGGACCUCCUGGACUCAAAGGCUUGAAAGGAGCCAGAGGACUUGCUUCAUUUUCCGUGUGUGAGCUCAUCCAGUAUGUGCGGGACCACAGCCUCAAGCAGAACCAUCUGUGUUGGGAAUCAAUAUGUGUAGCUUGGGCCAUAGACAAUGGUUCUUUGGGAACUAAAUCGGGAUUUGUAAGAGGUCAAAAGCAGUCCUGUCUACGAGAACUUUCUACAGUGAUGGAAGCGUUCCACCUUACUGUCCAACCUGGAGCCACAGCCACAUGUGACAUUGAGUACUUUAGUCAUGAGCAGUCGAGACAUAUUUUCAUUGAAGCUGGUUCUUCGAAUCUACUGAAAGAAAUCUACUAUAAGAAAAAAAUAGCAAAGGACUUUGGGGUCAGCAAGGUCAUGGGCAUCUGUCCUGAGCUCCAGCAGGUGCUUUUCAGCUGCAAAGUAUUCAGUGCUCAGAGUCACCCUGUUGGGUACAAGUAUGAUUCUUCCAUUUUGCUAAUUGAUGACACUGGCACCUUCCAGAUCAUCAUGGUUCCACCUGGGACUGACUACACACCAGCCUUGGAGACACUCCAGCUCUGCACUUUCUGUCUCGAUGUAUGUAGGCCUGAUGCUUCCUGCCAUCAGACCACACCAGCCCCUGUACAGUCAUACAUGGAUGCCGCCUUCCUUCUGGAUAGUUCCCAGCAUGUGGGAAGUGUUGAAUUUGCAGAUCUGCGAGACUUUCUGGGAGUACUGUUAGAUCACUUUGAAAUCACCCAGAAGCCUGAGAGCUCUGUCACUGGAGACCGAGUGGCCCUAUUAAGUCAUGCUCCCCGCAACUUCCAGCCCAGCAGUAAGAAGGCUCCCAUUCGAACUGAGUUUAACCUCACCACCUAUGGCAGUAAACACCUCAUGAAGAGGCACGUGGAGGAAGCAGUUCAGCAACUGAAUGGAGAUGCAUUUAUUGGUCACGCCUUACGGUGGACUCUGGACCACGUCUUUUCCAGUGUCCCCAAUCCUAGAAGAAACAAGGUCAUAUUUGUGAUCUCCACUGGAGAAACCAGCUACUCGGACAGGGAAGCCUUAAAGAAAGAAUCCUUGCGAGCCAAAUGUCAAGGUUAUGCCCUGUUUGUGUUUUCCCUGGGCCCUGCGUGGAAUGACAAGGAACUGGAAGACCUAGCCAGCCAGCCACUGGACCAGCACUUGAUCCAGCUUGGACGGGUUCAUAAACCUGACCACAGCUACAGUGUGAAGUUUGUGAAGGCCUUUAUAAACUCAAUCAGACGUGCAGUCAACAAAUAUCCACCAAUAAGCCUCAAAACAAAGUGCAGUAGACUCGGCCUUGUAGAUCUGAAGCAGUCGCAACAGUUGCAAAGCUUUGUUCCUGGGCCACAGAAAGCUGCCCUCAAAGAAGAUGCACCACAGAAGACAAAGUUCUUUCAAGAUAAAAAGUUUCUUUCAAGAGUAGCAAGAGGCAACAGGCACAAAUUCCAUAUGUUUAAAAAUGAAAAAAGAGUGAUAAACACUGUUUCCAAAGGACAUAAUAAAGAAAGUGCUUGAAGAAUUCCACUUUUAGAAGCAUGGUAAGACUGGCUGAACCACGGCAUUCACUGUCAUGGCAGCGGAUUUUUAUUGGGACAUCUGCCUAUGACCCAAGGUCUACUCUGGACAGCUAGCAAGGUGGUAGGUAGACUACUGGCCAGUUUGGCCUGUGAACUCACUAGCAGGAAGAUUUAUCUUGUUCAUUUGACUGUUCCUGAGAAUUAUAGCAUGCUUAAUACUGAUAUGCUCAAGCAUUUUUAUCAUUAAGAGGAGAAUCAAAGAAGUGUUUUUGGAAAAAAUGUAAUGGAGGCAUAAUUUGCAGGUAGAUUUUCUAUCAUGUAAUGCUAGUUCUCGUGCACCUGUGUCUUGGCCCAGUACCUCUGCACACCAACCUGCCUUCUCAGUCCAGCAGUGAGUGUUCGUGUGUGCAGUCAGAGGGCAAUGUUUUGGGAAACUGAAGCAUUUGCCCUAGAAAGAGGUGCUAUUUGCGUCAUGAUUCAGCAGUGCUGACCUUCCCUUUCAGCACAGAACAAGUCUCUGCAUCCACCGGCUAGUCAGAGGGAAGAGAUUUCCCUGCUUGCCCUUAGGUUUGAUUCCACAGGUGAGAAGCAGUCAUAAUUCCCCCAGCUCCGAAUUUUCCUUCACAUGCUGAAAAAUUCAGUACGUUCUCCCAGGACAUAAAUUAUUGCUUUUGAUCUGUGGGUUGCAUCUUUACUAUGGAGCAACUCUUGCCUGGCCAUUCUGACAUGUGUGUGUGUGUGUGUGUAUAUAUAUAUAUAAUAUACAUAUUAUAUACAUAUAAUAUAUAUACUUCUUUUUAAUGUGGCACCAGGGAGUGAACUGAAGGCCUUGUGCGAGUGGUGUUCCACCAUCAAGCUCCCUCUGGUGCUGCUCUCUGGUGCUCCCAUGUGGUGCUGGGACUGGAGCCCAGAGCCGCAUGCAGGGAAAGGCCUGGGUUCUGCCUGUUCUGGGUUCUGCCUGUUCUGUUCUAGCUGUUUUCUAGCCCUUAAUGAAUUUUUCUUUUUUUGCUCCCGAUGACUUUAUUAUUAUUUUUUUUAAAGAAGGUGCUAGACUGGUGGAGCGUUGGUGGAAGGAGACAUGCCAUACCACAGCACUAUUUAUGAUGUGCCCUCAUGCAGGUGCCCUAUGGGCUCGAACCCUGGUCCUUGUACAUGUGAAAGUAUAUGCUCCACCACCUUUUUUUCCUUUUAAACCCAUAUAUUCUUUAGGCAUAACUUCUCUGGGGUGAAGCUGAGUUACUUUCAUCCACUAGGUAACUAUUUAGUCACUAGAGAACAGCACCUAAGAGGACUAGCAGAGUUCUAAAUGCAUAAUGGUUUUGGAAAAGAGAAAACGGUAUGUUUUGAUCCACAUGUCCACAUGAAGUUGGAGAUAUGCAAAUGAGAGUGGUAUAGGUGAAUGUAGUGGGUGUCCCAGGUGUGUAGCCACAGUAGCGAGCAGUCUCUCUCCUCCCCCCCAGUGAGGUCACAUGGCCAGUCUUCAUUAUAUAAGGGAGCUGACACUUGUCAACAACUACGCCCCAGUGUAGUGUUCUCUCAUUUGAAUGCCUCCACCUCUUCCUGAAGGGGAGGGCUCCUGCCUGGGUGCAUGAUGACUGAAACCAAAGGCCAGUCAGAAUGGUCUGACCUCUUCUGUUACCUCUUUUCAUAAAAUGUGGGGAAAAGGGUCACGGGCAGUAUUUUAUAAUGCGAUGUCUGCCUUCCUGACUCAGCCAACUGCACAGAGACAGCUCCUAGUGUCUGCAGAGGAGCAAGGAGUUAAAUGUCCUGAUUCAUACUCAUGUAGUAGAGAAUAAAGCUUACCAGGUUUCUCUAUAUGUCCUAAGGGGUGCUUUCCAGGAAAAUAAUUAUGUUCAAGUACAGGAAAUUGAGCAGUGUAAGAACAGUUUUAACAAAAGAGAUUUUCUUCCCCCUGUAACUUUAAGUAUAAACUUAUUUCUUCUGUCUGUUGUUAGAAAUACUUUUAAAUUGUAUUUGCCAACUAUUUCUGUGUCAGUAAAGUACAACAAAUACUUUCUUGGUAA